AGAUUAUUCGGAGCCUAGUUCGGAAUGAUGAAGAGGUAGUUUCAACCAUGAAGCAUGGUUCAUGGAACGUUCAUUCUGUUUGGGUUGUAAAUGAUGCAGUUCAAAACAUUGAGGUUUUGAGGCAACUUGGUGUGCCUCAAGGUUGCAUUUCCCUUUUGGUAUCAAAUUUUCCGAGUGUAGCAUUCGCCAAGCAUAGUAAAUUUGUUGAGGCUGUUAAUAUAGUGAAAGAAAUCGGGUUUGAUCCUUCGAAGUCGAAUUUUGUUUUGGCAGUUCAAGUAAUUGCAAAGAUGGACAAAGAAAUUUGGGAGUCGAGACUUAAGAUUUUCGAGAGGUGGGGUUGGUCGAGAGACUUAUGUCGUUUGGCUUUCCGAAAAUAUCCUCAGUGUAUGAUGAUUUCAGAAAAAAAGGUUAUGAAAACAAUGAGCUUCUUGGUGAAGGAUAUGGGUUUUACCCAAGAAGACAUUGCUAAAAGCCCCGCGAUUCUGAACCGCAACUUCGAGAAAACAUUUGUCCCUAGAUGUGCAGUUGUUAAGAUUUUGAAGUCAAAGGGUUUGAUAAAGAAAGAUUAUAGCAUAACUAGCAUUAUUUCAAUUAGCGAGAAAAAGUUUUUGGGGAGAUUCGUCACCCGAUUUCAAAAAGAUGCAGCUCUGUUAAUGGAUGCAUAUAAUGGUCACAAGUUAGAUUAAUCAUCUGGAAGGAGGGAGGGACCUGAAGAGAGAUGGAGAGAGAUCUUUGGAGAAUAAAAUUGAUUUUGGUUUAGAACAAUUUAGUUUUGGUUCUUAAAAACCAGUUCGGUUCUUAAAUUGUUGUUGUAAAAGCAAUUUGAUUUUCAAUUUUUAUUAAUGAGUUUAGUUUUUGAUUUUUUUUUAACACCUCGAUUAUGAAGUAUGGAUACUAACACGCACACCAGACACGACAUAGACUUGAUAUGUUGAUGUCGAUAAUAAUUUGAGAAAAUUAAUUGAAUAUAAU